AUGGGGGAGAUCUGGAACCCAAAGAAAGAAAGGGAUGUGACAGCUGGUCUGCCACUCUGGAGGAUACCGACCCUCAGACGGUCCGAGGUGGACCCAGUGUGGCCUCCACGUUUGUCCGUCAAAUAUGGGAUUUACCUCUCCUCACAGCCCCACUUCAAGACACAACCUUUCAACGAAGACUCAGACACCAACAACCCACGAACCUCUGCGGACAUCACCCCCGUCCACUGUGGCCAGCACCACAGCACGGGCCCCGCCAGGAAGACAUGGAACCUAACAGCAACGAGCUCGAGAGGUCAUCAGAAUGGCCCGAAGAAGGAAACCAGCCUAGAAAGCGCAGAGGGAAAGGCUCCACAGGACUCCAGCUUCAGCAUCACAACUCUGUGUCCUCAGAAAAACAAGGAGCUGGGGGUCUCGCAGGAGAGCACAGACUUGCACAUGGACUGCAACCAUAGGACCCCCAGUUGA